UCUUCCACGCAGGUUUCGUUGCUUGGUUUGGAGGUGGUGCAUGCACUGGUCAGUAGGAUGAAGGCAAACUUCAAGCAGCACAUCACCUCAGUUCUUUCAGUCACUAUUGACCGCUUGGGUGAUAGCAAAGACCAGGUUCGAGAUUGUGCCAAGAAAGUUUUGCUGAGUUUCAUGGUUCCUGCAUCAAAUCCACAAUACAUAAUUGAGAGGUUAACGCCUGCCUUCACUCACAAAUUGUGGAAAGUGAAAGAGGAGUCAUUAUGCUUAGUUAACUAUGUUCUUAAUGAAUGGGGUGCAAAGAGUAUCAUAAUAUCAAAACUGAUCCCCCUUGUGGUCAAGAUGAUGGAAGACUCAAGUGUUCCUGUUCGAGAGCAGGCUGUUCUAACCUUGGUGGAAUUCUACAGACAUGUGGGGGAGAGAGUUCGACAGGACAUCUGCAAGAGGGAUAUUCAACCAUCCAAGCUGUCCAUUCUAACCUCAAAAAUGGAUGAAGCCAAAAACAAGGGUCUUAUGAUUGCCUCUUAUGAAGGUUGGUUCAUGAGUUGGUCAAAUAAUGAGCCAGAUGGUCCAGUGGAGGUUGCAAUAAAAAAGGCCCCUCGGUCGAAGAGCACUGGACGAUCACAAGUCCCACCAAUCAAGUCCAUUGCUGGUGCCGGUUCUCAGUCACAUGCAGGUGCUCUGGACGAAGAGUUGUUUUGUAAAUCUUUCGACGAUGUGCCUAAAAUAUUUAUUUCUUCCUCCAAAGACCUGAUCGCCAGGAUGGAGAAGGUAAAGGACACGUUGAAUGAUACAAACAAGGAUUGGGAGUUGAGGCAGGAUGCUUUGAAAAGUUUGAGAUCGCUGGUGGUUGCUAAUGCCACGAAAUAUCCAGAAUUUUUGGGCUUGCUAAAGGGUUUGGGACCUGCACUUAGAGUUAGUGUUCUAGAUCUACGGUCGCAGAUAGUCAGAGAAGCAUGUAUCACUCUUGGAUAUUUAUCCCAAGAGUUGGGCAGAGAUUUUGAGCAGAUGGCGGAGUACAUAAUCCCGGCCAUCAUACAGCUCCUGCCAAACUCUGCAAAGGUCAUGUCCACAUCUGGACUAGUAGUCUUGAAGUUUAUCUUGCAAUACACGCAAUCACAUCGCCUCAUCCCACUGAUAACGUGCAAUCUUGCCUCCAAGUCCAACAUCAUUAGAAGGUUAGCCGUCAUUCUUGUCUAUCAUUUACCUGAAUUUUGUUGA